GUUCCGGCUCGCUACUGUAGCUCUUACUAAGACGUUCCGUCUCGCUACUGUAGCUCUUACUAAGACGUUCCGUCUGAUGUUAUGGGUUGGACUUUUGCCUGUUAAGUUAAUAUAUAAAGGCAAUCGGUAACUUAAUUUCGUGACCAAAUGCUCGUUUCGUUUUUAAUAAUAGUUACAAUUGUAUUAUAUAUGUGUAUAUAUAAUGGAGUCGUGUAAAGUUACGCACUCGGAACCUUAAUAGGGCUCAUGGUGUCACAAUAUUAUUAUCCCGCCCUGGUGUAUCCUGUGUAGUCAGGUUGAGAUAGUUUGGAGAACUUUAGGAUCUUUACGAUGCAUUUAAGUAAUAGUUUGGAGCUGUUUCCGGAGUUCGCUGUGACUCAGUUGCUUUUCAAAGACGUUAAAAACUGUGCAGAAUUGAGAAAGAUGGCAAUGGAGGGGAAAAUAGCCGGCGCGCUGAUAAACCCAUCCGUGGUGUUGGAUCCCUUUCAAACACUACUAGCAGCAAAUAAAGCAGUCCAUGUGCAGAAGAUUGGAAAAAUGAAGACAAGGAGCUUAUACUCUGAAAUCAUCUUCAAUCUUUCACCAACAAACAAUAUCUCUGAGGCUUUUAAAAGGUUUGGGAUCUCCGACAGUGACAAUGCGGUUCUCAUUGUCCUGGUUCAUAACAAAGAGGAAGCAUACAAUAAGGAUGAUGUCCUGUCUAAGGUGGAUGGCCAGCAGAUCCCAGCUGAUCAAAUGUCCACCCUCAGUGAUCUUGCCAAGAUUAAAAAGCUUUACAAAGUUGCACCCCAAGAGGAAAAGUGUGGAAAUGUUUUAGAUGCUGUUGUCUGCAGAAUGGCUGCUAAGGAUGUUGUAUAGCUUACUUUUUAUUACAUUAAAAUACCGGUUAUAUAUUUAUUUCUGUUUAAACCUUAGGAUUUUUUUUUUUUUUUUUAACAAUAAAAACAAAUUUGAUACAAGAGCUCCCUGCAUUAUGCUUUUAUUUCUGAGAGUGUUGUGACAAAUGUGGAAAGGUACAAGUGGCCAAUGUUUUGUGUGGAGAGACAUUUAUUACUUCUGAUGGUUUAGGGCACAGAUACCCAACCCUGUUCUAAUCUAACGUUAGCAAGGGUACUUUUUAUUCCAAAUACCAUUUGUAGAACGCUACUAACAUUACCCAAAAGUCUCUAUACAUAGGGGAUUAUGUUUACCAGCACCACGUCGGUUGUGCUUGAUUCAGUGGAUGUUCAUGGACGUCCUCAUCUUUUCGGUCGUUCCACAACACUCCCAGUCUUUUUGAAUUUGUUAAUAAGUUUGGCAACAGUGCCGUGCGUGACGUGCUUGCCAUGUUUCCUAUUAAAGUUCAUCGCAACCUUGCGAGGGCUUCCCGACCCUGCCAUGAGAACGAUUUCAAUACAUUCUUCUUUUGUCAAGGCAUUCUUAAAGGCAUUGGAGACACUCGACUGAAAUGUUUCUCAUGAUCUUAAAAACCUUUUGAUCUGAAGGUGUAUGAUUAAAUGUUUGAAAUCGGUGUUGUAGACAGAAAUAUUAUCGUGCCGAGGUAUUCAUUUCUUUCAUUAGAAAACUAACGUUUUAUUUACAAAAAAUAAACGCAUGACAUUUAAAAUAAAAUAUUCCGAAAAGCAGCCGGAUUAGAGUCAAGAUAAAGUCUUAAAGGGGUAGUUAAGUUCAAGACCAAAAACCAUCAAAUCUUUUUUGAGGCUAAGCAUUUACUUCAACUAAUUGAUUAGUAGGCUUCAUUCAUGCGAUCAUUCUUGUGCAGGUUAGGUUACGUUUUCUAGAAGAAGGAAUGACUUCUUGUCCAAAUUAAUCGAUGUGAAACGAAAGGACAACAUGAACAUUUUUUUUUUUUUUUUUUACAAACUCUUGGUCAAAAACAAGACCAUAGCCAAAGACUGAGUCAGAGACAAAUCCAAGUCAAUAAAGGAAAUGUCUCCUGCCAAGACUCGAGUCCUACAACCCUAGCCAUCCACAGCCAAGAGUAUAGAUCUCUAGGUGAUCUCUAGGUGGCAAGGAUGACCUUCCUUUCCUCUAUGUUGGUCAAAGAGACACUAGCUGGCACUGAAAGUGGUAUGUGUGUGGUAAAAUGGUUACAGGAACAUGACUGGAGGUUCCUGUAAGUGAGAAUCCAUGUCAGAAUUACUAUGGGGAAAAAAAUAUCAUAAAGUCAGAAAUUUGAAACGAGUUAUUUUAUUAU